AUGGAAGCACUCCCCAGCGCUUUCGAGUUUGCGAUCCCGCUGCUCGCAGCGCUGCUCUAUGGCUUCGUCUCAGUGGCUGCAACCAUCCUUACCAAGCAGGUGGUCUCGGGCUUCAGCUUCAAGUUCUUACCAUUCAUGAUGCUGUUGGAGCGGUGUGCGCUAAUGUCGGCAGAGAUCCUCACCAGGAAGUCCUCCAGGAACGUCGUCGGCAUCAUACGCAGACUGUGGCCGCUAUCCCUUGUGUCCACCAUCAACACCUUCGUUGCUGUGUCGAGCUUGGAAGGCCUCAAUGUCCCCAUGUACAACGCACUCAAACGUCUGACGUCGAUGGUGACGCUGGUGAUGGAGGCGCUGGUCCUUAAGCAGUACUCCUCCUUGCAGAUUCAGUUCGCGGUGGCCAUGAUAGCAGGAGGAGCUGUCAUCGCAGCACUGCACGACCUCGAGUUCGCGCCGCUGAGCUACGCCUGGGCCCUGGCUUCCUGCUGCCUUAACGCGCUCUACCUCACCCUCGUCAAGAAAUUCUGCAAUCAGCUCGGAUCAUCGUCGGACGAGAUUCUGGUUGCAAACAGCAUCGUUCCCAUACCCAUCUUGACAGUUUAUAUCAUCGCUUCGGGGGAUCUUGACAGGAUCGUAUCGUUCCCAAAGUGGGGCAGCUACUGGUUCUGGCUCGCACUUGUAGGAUCAUCGGCAGCAGGCUCGACUCUUGGCUUCUCUCAGUACCUCUGCACCAAGUACAGCUCGGCCCUCACGACUACGGUGGUUGGGCAGAUGAAGAUGGCUCUGUCAAGCUCCUUGGGUAUAAUUUUCUUCGGAACUAAGGUGGAGAAUAUGCAGGCUGUAGGUCUGAUCAUCAACACCAUCGGGGGAUUCUACUUCGGGUGGAGGAAGCACUACGAGGCCCAGCAGAAGAAGCGAUAG